CGACACGGACAUUCACGAUGCCGAGCCACAAGUCAUUCCGAACCAAGCAGAAGCUUGCGAAGGCGCAGAAGCAAAACAGACCUAUCCCCCAGUGGAUCCGCCUGCGGACGGGCAACACCAUCAGGUACGGCGAUUUUAAGAACCCACCCACAGACGAGGACCUGCGAGCGGAGGAUUGAGGGGCUGGGCGACACCAAGACCUCACCGCGGGCGAGAUUACAUGGGGAUCUUGGGACUCUACGCAUGAGAACAGCCAGCUGACGAGACUCUUCUCUACAGAUACAACGCCAAGCGACGACAUUGGCGCAAGACCCGCAUCGGCAUAUAGACGACUCGCCCCUCCGACCUGUUCCUCAUACAUCGAUCCCUUGACCAACCUUUUCGUCAAUGACAGGGGAAUGAGCAAGUUUCACGACGAGCGGGCGGACGAUCCAGUCAAUUUCUUACGGAUGCGAGGAGCAAAAAA